AGAUCCAUGAUGCAUCAUGAAGCCCUGACAAUUUAAAUAGAUGCAAACAAAAUUAUUGAUUUUAUUAAAUACGACUUUUUGAAAAAAAUAAAAGGAAAGAAAUAGAAAAUCCAGAGGAAGGAAGGAAGAGUGAGAGAUGAUGGGUAUGGCGAGGAAGAUAAGCAAAGAGGAAGUUGUAGAGAAGCUUAAGGACGACGGAGAUUUUGAUCGUCUCCGUCUCAAAAUCAUUCGCCGCCUCAAAGAAAACGAGGAUUUACGGAAUAAUAUGAUAUCAGUUGUCAAGGAGUCAACAUCUUUGAAACGACAUGGUGCUCAAAAUAUGAAAACCAGGCAACUCUCUGAUGCGAUAUUCGAAGAAGUCGGGAGCAAGAUGCUAAGCCAGCUCUCAGAUGGUUUAUGGGGGAUAAUAAGAUCAGAAGACGGGAUGAAGAAUGAAAUCAGAGAAACCGUUCAAUCCGUCUACGCCACAUUAUCUAACCCGAGAGGCGAGAAACGCGGAACAUCCGCUAGAGAAAUGGAACAUAAGAUUCCAACACCAAAAAAAGAAGCAAGAACUGAUUUCAACACCAGUCCAGCGAGUAAACAGAAGCAAGAGCUGAUUAAAGGAGCUGUAGAAGAUAACAAAGGAGAGGCAUGUAGUGAUGAUGUACAAGAUAACAAAGGAGAAGCAUAUAAUGAUGAUGAAGAAGAUCCUGAACUCCCUCCUGGCUUUGGCUAAAACUGUUUUUUGUAUCAUCAAUAAACUCCCUCUGAAAUAUUAUUGCGUUUAAGGUAAUAACACCAACUGUUUGUAAUAACAACAGAAUUACUGCACAUUAAUUUACCAAAGUAAUAGUGAUCCCCAGAUUAACCGA